AUGGUGACUAAAUCAUGGGAGGUGCUUGUGCACAAGAAGCAAGCUGAAGAUGCUGCAAAGAUCCCACCCGAAUGGCGAAUCCCGGAAGAACUGAUCGAGAUAUCUGAGACAUCCGGCAAAAAUGUGCUUGAUAUUCCACGCCAGUCGGGAAUCCUGUCAGCAAGGCAGCUUGAGAUUACUGAGAACUAUGAUGCAACUGAUCUGCUAGGCAAGAUUCAUAACCAGCAGUUGUCUGCUUAUGAAGUCACCGAAGCAUUUUGCAUUCGCGCUGCAAUUGCCCAGCAGGUGACUCGAUGUCUCACGGAGAUCUUCUUUGACCGUGCUCUUCAGCGUGCGAAGGAUUUGGAUGAGAUAUUAUCCAAGACGGGGAAACUUGCGGGACCUUUGCAUGGCUUGCCUAUCAGUUUCAAGGAUUGCUUCAACAUUGUUGGGGUUCCAUCCACGAUUGGAUUUACCUCAUUUAUCGAACAUGGCGCCCUCAGUUCAAAUUCCCCGGCAGUUCAGGUUUUACUUAACUUGGGAGCUAUCCCUUAUGUGAAGACAAACGUCCCCCAGACGAUGAUGGUGAGCUGCGGACUCACACAACUACGUAUUCGGCCGGACACUCAACCCUCACCGAUCGAAUCUUACCGCUGGCGGGUCGACUGGGGGGAAGGAGCACUGAUUGCUAUGAGAGGGUCGGUGUUGGGUGUUGGGACAGACAUUGCUGGCUCGAUUCGAAUUCCAGCGAUUUGCAACGGCAUCUACUCAUUGCGACCUUCCGCGGACCGCAUUCCAUACGGGGGACAGACUAGUUCUGCUCGCGGGGGUCUCGUUGGGAUCAAGGCCUGCGCAGGGCCUAUGGCAACAUCAGUCAGAGUCUUGGAGCUGUUCAUGAGACUUAUGACCAAUGCAGACCCAUGGCAAUUUGAUUCUUCUGCUUUAUUCUCCCCAUGGCGCACCGUUGUCCUUAAGCCCACAUUGCGAUUUGGGCUCAUCCAGGAGGAUUCCCACUUCCCUUUACAUCCACCUGUUUUGCGGACUCUCACAAGAGCAACGGAAAAGCUUCAAGCAGCUGGGAACGAGAUAGUUCCGCUGGAGACCUUCCUCAUUCGAGAUAUCUGCACGUUGGCAUUUCGUAUGUUUUCGAUGGAUCCAGCUCGAACCCCAUUUCAACACAUUGCUGCCAGUGGGGAACCGACCAUCCCUGCGUUGGCAUCAACAUCUCUGGAUGAUGGAUACAUGCCAGAUGGCUAUGCUCCAUUGACACUAGAAGGGCUGUAUGACCUCAACGAGAAACGCAACUUCUUUAAAGAAGACUUCCGCAAUCUCAUCAUGCAAGCAAAAGUGGAUGCCUUUGUCAUGCCUGGCUAUCAAGGUACCGCUCAGCCUCAUGACAUUUUUGGCUUUGUGCCUUACACUGUCCUUUGGAAUGUGAUGGAUUAUCCGAGCUGUAUUAUUCCGUAUGGCAAGGCGAGCAAAAGCGCGGACAAGCCAUUCAUUCGGAAUGUGAAUUACAAACCUCCUUAUGAUGCGGAUGACAUUGAGGGAGCUCCGUGCUGCGUGCAGCUGAUUGGCAGAAACAUGCAUGACGAAGAAUUGCUGAAGGUGGCAGAGCUUGUUUCCAGGAUACUCCGGCUUUGA